AUGCUCAUGCUCAUGCUCAUGCUCAUGCUCAUGCUCGUCCCAAGUGUGCAGGCGCCAUGCCUCGUAUUCCCCCUCAUGCGCGGCGGCAGCCUCGCCGACCGCCUCUUUCCGGAGGAUGCCGACCCGCUGCACCUGCAGCGGCUGGGCGCGAUUGACGCGCUGAUCUACCUGCACACGCCGCUGCCGGGCAAGGGCGUGAUCGUGCACCGUGACUUCAAGCCCGAGAACAUCCUGCUCGACGAGGGGCUGAAUGCCUUCCUCGCGGACACGGGCUUUGCGAAGGUGGACCGGCCAGAGGCAUCGAAGAAGAGCGUUUCAAACGCCCUCUACUUGACCAAGGGCUACCUUGAUCCCAGCAUCACCCAGGGCGGAGCGUACUCCACCGCGUCUGACGGCUUUGCAGUCGGGAUCACGCUGCUCGUCUGCCUCACCGCCCGCUCGCCGCUGCAGCUAAUCGAUCGGUGCGAGGAGGACUUUGAGGAGGACUUUGACGACAUCGACGCGAGCCUCCUCGCCGCCCCCGCCGCAGGGUGGCCGGCGCACGCGGCGCAGGCGCUAGUGGAGGUGCUCGACGAUGGAGCAUCUUCGGCGCUGGACUUGCCUGCGGGCGAGGCCGACGCCGCAACACGUCGAGCUCCUGCGCCUAGUACGGCCGCCGCUGCGGCGCCCGCCACACCGCUGUCGCUACAGGUUCGUGAGCUGCGCAAGCCGCAGGCCGACGCCUCCGUCCAGCGCAACGUGACCGAGGCGUUUGACAGCUUCAUGCGUCAACUGGAGGAUUGCUCCCGCGCCGCCGCCGCGGGCUUUUAUCUUAACACCACGCGCUAA